GAAAAUUUUAUUGAAUAACAAAAUUUUUAUUUAUUUAUUUAUUUAUAAUAAUUAAGGAAAAAUGUUGAGCCAAUACCAAUUCCCAAUUUUGUGUUUUCCAAAAGGCUAAAACCCUAGCACAUGCGCUAAACCCUGAACUUCUGCAGCCAUUUCGGAAGAGAAAUGGCCGGUCCACUGCUUCGCUCUCUUUGGUCGACCACCAGGAAGUCUCUCUCCUCCUCUUCCCCGUCGGCCCCUCUCAGGCCAUUCCUCUGUCCACGCCCUCAUGCCUACACGCUUCCCCGCUGUUUCUCGGCGGUGGCGGGAGCUGCCGCAGCCGCCGCUCCAGGAAGCUCCCUGGACCCCAACCGGCUCCGGAACGUGGCCGUGAUUGCACAUGUGGAUCAUGGGAAGACCACCCUGAUGGACCGGCUCCUCCGGCAGUGUGGCGCCGACAUCCCCCACGAGCGCGCCCUCGACUCCAUCAGUCUCGAGCGCGAGCGCGGCAUCACCAUUGCUUCCAAGGUUACGGCCAUUUUGUGGAAGGAAAACGAACUAAAUAUGGUUGAUACACCCGGCCAUGCGGACUUUGGUGGUGAAGUUGAGCGGGUUGUUGGCAUGGUUGAAGGAGCAGUUUUAGUUGUAGAUGCUGGUGAAGGUCCCCUUGCACAAACAAAGUUUGUCCUUGCAAAAGCCUUAAAAUAUGGAUUACGCCCUAUUCUUCUUCUAAACAAAGUAGACCGUCCUGCAGUUACUGAGGAGAGGUGUGAUGAAGUUGAGAGUCUAGUCUUUGAUCUUUUUGCAAAUCUUGGUGCUACAGAGGAGCAGCUGGAUUUUCCAGUUCUCUAUGCUUCUGCCAAAGAAGGAUGGGCUUCCUCCACCUUCACUAAAAGUCCUCCUGAUAAUACCAAGAGCAUGUCAGAGUUGCUUGAUGCAAUCAUAAGACAUGUUCCUCCACCAACAGCAAGCCUUGAUGCACCUUUUCAAAUGCUGGUUUCCAUGAUGGAAAAAGAUUUUUAUCUUGGGCGAAUAUUGACUGGACGUGUUUCUUCUGGUGUUAUCCGUGUUGGGGACAGAGUACAUGGACUUCGUAGCACAGAUUCUGGAGUGGAGAAAAUUGAAGAGGGAAAGGUUCUGAAACUAAUGAAAAAGAAGGGUACAAACAUGGUUUUAAUUGAUAGUGCAGGAGCUGGUGAUAUAAUAUCAAUGGCUGGGUUGACAAGUCCAUCUAUUGGACAUACAGUGGCGAAUGUGGAGGUUAUGACUGCACUGCCCACUGUUGAGUUGGAUCCCCCAACCAUUUCCAUGACCUUUAGUGUCAAUGACUCUCCACUGGCUGGUCGUGAUGGCACCCAUUUAACUGGUGGAAAAAUUGGUGACCGAUUAAUGGCGGAAGCAGAAACAAAUCUAGCCAUAAAUGUGCUCCCAGGAUUAUCAGAAUCAUAUGAAGUUCAGGGGAGGGGAGAGCUUCAACUGGGUAUCUUAAUUGAGAAUAUGAGGCGUGAAGGAUUUGAGCUCUCCGUCUCACCACCUAAAGUCAUGUAUAAGACUGAGAAGGGUGUCAAGUUUGAGCCAUUGGAAGAAGUGACUAUUGAGGUCAAUGAGGAGCAUGUUGGGUUAGUCAUGGAGGCACUCUCUCAUAGGCGAGCUGAGGUUGUUGACAUGGGCCCUGUUGCAGGAAGUGAGGGCAGAACAAGAAUAUCCAUGACUUGUCCAUCAAGGGGCCUGGUUGGUUACAGGAGUGUGUUUAGCAGUGACACACGUGGCACUGGAUUUAUGCAUCGUGCUUUCUUAACUUAUGCUAAGUUUCGAGGUCCUCUUGGAAAUGUCAGGAAAGGAGUAUUGGUAUCAAUGGGUCACGGAACAAUAACAGCAUAUGCGCUAGUGAGUUUAGAACCUCGCGGAACUCUCUUUGUAACUCCUGGCAUGGAGACUUAUGAUGGCAUGAUUGUUGGUGAACAUUCCCGGGAUACAGAUCUUGAUAUCAACCCAGUAAGGGCUAAGGAACUUACCAAUAUACGCGCUGCUUCCAAGGAUGAGAAUGUGAAGCUAACUCCUCCUCGUCUUAUGACUCUUGAAGAGGCGAUAGGGUAUGUUGCUUCUGAUGAGCUCAUUGAAGUGACACCCAAGGCCAUUAGGUUAAGGAAGAAAUACUUGGAUGCUAACAAGCGGAAAAUGAUGAGGAAUAAGCCCAAGGAUUGAAGCCUCUAUCCUCAAAAACAAUUUUGCAACGGUAAAAUCAUCAUUCAUCAUUUUUAGAAUAGGUAAUUAUUAUUGUUAUUCAGUUCAUCUGCCCCUAUUUAGAUGGUAUGUUUUGGAAACUCGAAAAAGAAUAUUCUUCUCUACGAAUGCUGAGAAGCAAGGAAACAAUGGUUGUUGUAUUGGUUAAUAAACAAUAAUGAGAAAGAGAAAGAGAAAAGAGAAAUCAGUAGAAUCCA